GGGCCAGUUUGCGCCGAGUUGUCCUGCAUUCCAGAGCAAAAUCAAGAGAAGCUGUGGUCAGUGAUUGCGAUUGGCUGUCUGGGUGGGCGAAAUGAGGAUUCUAGCGCUCUUCCUGAUCUCGUGUGUGCUUCUAUGGCACAGCAGCGAGUGUGAAUUGGCCGAUGACGAUGAAGAGGCCAAAACUGAGACUCCAGUGACGGAUCACAAUGCGAAAGUUGCCGAAAGUCGACUGUCGGCGCAAAUAUUCGCCAUAGUUGAGCACUACAAGCAGCCAGAUCCGAUUGGAUUGCCCGGAGCACCCGUUCCGGAUCCCAUGAAGAUUCCACCGAUCAAGAAGACACUCACCAUGACGACACUUCAGAUGGACAACGUCCUGGCGUAUGGAUUGUCCAAGUUCCGCAUCAAGUUUGUGAAGAUGGAUUUGAAGGAGAUGAAAGUCUUCGCGGGCAUUCAAGUGGACAAGAUGACACUCGUGGGCAAUUACACGCUUAAUUCACUCUUCAGUCGCUCAUCGGGACCAUUCACGGUGGUGCUGAAGGAUGUGUUCACGCAGGGCAAUGUGACGUUGGGUGUUGAGAGGGAUGGAAAGAUCAGGACUCAGGAGAUCAACAUGGACAGCGUAUUUGCCGACAUGUCGAUGGAUUUUCAGAAUUUGGGUUUCAUGGGUGCUGUGUUCCAAAGUAUUGUCAAUUCGGCACCUAAUCUGGUCUUUGACGCCAUGAAGCCUUUCAUGCUGAAGGAGGCUUAUGCAAAGAUCACCACAGAAGUGGAUUCACAGCUGGAGAAGGUGAUUGGAGAGAAUGUGCUGCCGAAUUCAAUUUCGCCACUCGACAUGGCAAUUGCUGAGGGUCGAAAGAAGAUCAGAGCGCUGGGCUAUGAUCCGUUCAAAGUCAGAGAUUACAAUCACACCGUUGGCAUGUUCAGCAUGGAGAUGACAAACACGUGGAUAGUUGGAGUUUCUUCAUUCUACAGAGUUGGCAACAUUUCAGUGACUAUGGAAAACAACACGGUGACAAUAAGGACGCAGGUUGGGACGCAGCAGAUCAAGGGAUCCACACAGUGGGAGCUCUCAGUUGGCAGUGGCAUGGUGACGAGGGGCGGCAGAGCGCAAUUCACAGUGGAGCACAUUAAGGUCACGUCAGCAAUGAGUCAGUCUCUGGACGUGCGAAAUCGGCCUGUUAUUAAGGAUCUGCAGAUGGAAUUGGGUAACAUUCAGGUGAGAACAGAAGGAGCCGGAACGCUGGAUUAUCUCAUUGAGUUUGCGGUGAACAUCUUGCCGAAUCUGUUGAGAUAUCAAAUUAUGGACGCUAUUGAGAAUCCUGCCAAGACAAGAGUUCAGGAGGAACUCAAUAAGAUCGAUGUGGAGAAAUUCAUUCGACAAAAGUUGCCAGAAUUUGAAAAACUAGGACUCAAGAUGGACUUUGACUUUAAGUUUUGAGUUAUAAGGAUUUAUAGAAGGAUAUUUCUAUGUAAUAAAGGUAUUUUUUUCCGCCACAA